AUGGUUUCUAUUUUUGUUCCUUUUAUUCUAUUUUUUGUCUCUGUACUUGCUAAAACUGGGUGUGUUGAUUAUUUGGCAAACGCCAGUGAUUUGUCAGAUGUAUCGAAAAACUGUUAUAAAACGGCUCUUAAGAGUUCGACGUGUCGCGGUAUUUUUGAUGUAAAAUGUAUUUGUGAAUCGGAAAGCUAUAAGCUGGAAGUUUUUUCAUGUAUUCUUAAUAAAAAAAGAGAAGAUGGUAUCAACAUGGCUAUUUUUUUAAAAGAAUUAUGUAAAAAUGGUACGGAUUCUAAAGAAGAAUGUCUUGAAAAAGCAAAGACUCCUCCUCGUGAAAAAGUAUUAUCAUCUAAGGAACAAAAUGUGACUUUUGAUGAAGCUCCAUAUAUGGAUAAUUUUCUAUUUAGAUUAAGACAACAUGUCGAGAGAGAUAGAGUAGAAAAAUGUAUUAAACGAGGACAAUGCAUAGGCAUUUUUCAUUCUACAUGUUCUAUUCUUUAUAAAAUUACUACUGUAGCCGAUAAACCAGCAAAAACACAAGUAACCGGCAAACCAAUAAAAACACAAUCGAGUCAAGAAUCUACGAUCAAUAAUUUUGCUUCUACUGAUUUAGGUUUAUUUAGUAGUUCUUCCAAUUUAAUCAAGUUAUCUAUUGCUUUAAUUUCAUUAAUAACAUAA